GUAGUCGCUUAGUCGAUAAUCUGGUGACAUGGAGUGCGUAAAAAUUGUUCUUUUGGCAAUUUUUGCUUUGGCCAAUUUUGUUGGUCAGGCUCAAUCGGCAGCGGACAGCAAAGUGGUGUGUUAUUAUGACAGUCAAUCUUUCAAUAGGCCAGGAAACGGCAAAUUCGAUUUGUCUUUCAUUGAUCCUGCCCUUCAAUUUUGUACGCAUUUGAUCUAUGGGCACGCUGGAAUUAAGGAAGACACCUCCAGCAUAGCUCCCCUAGAUGAGACUUUGGAUAUCAAUAAGCAAAAUUAUAGACAUGUAACGGAAUUAAAAAGGAGGUUCCCCGGACUAAGAGUACUUCUGUCAGUUGGUGGUGGCCGAGAUGUCAGCGGCGAAGGCAGCGAAAAAAAUAUGAAAUAUAGAACUUUGUUGGAGUCGGUAGACACUCGUCUCAAAUUUGCAACUUCUGCACAAAAUCUCAUCAAAACCUAUGGAUUCGAUGGACUUGAUCUCGCCUGGGAAUUCCCUGAGACCAAACCAAAGAAAAUCCGCAAUAAAGUCUCAUCCUGGUUCGUCAACUUGAAACACAAAAUUGUUGGUGAAUCUGUGGUUGAUGAAAAGGCCGAAGAACACAAAGAACAAUUUAUUGCAUUAGUGAGAGAAAUUAAAAACGCAUUUAGACAUGACGGACUUUUAUUGACUGUUUCCCAGUUGCCAAAUGUAAACAGUUCUGUAUAUUUCGACCCUCGACAACUUGCCCCAAAUGUAGACUUUGUUACUAUCCAAGCAUUCGACUACAGAACACCAGAACGUAACCCAAAAGAACUUGACUAUCCUGCUCCCCUUUAUGAGCUUUUGGAUAGGAAAUACGAUGAAAAUGCUGAUUAUCAAAUUAGAUACUGGUUAGGACAGGGUAUGCCAGCCAACAAACUAGUCCUUGGCUUUCCAGCAUUCGGCCGCACCUGGAAAUUAGACGGAGACUCUGGCUUGACUGGAGUACCGCCGGUGUCUGCCGAUGGGGCUGCUGAAGCCGGGCCCUACACUAACGAACCUGGACUUAUGAGUUAUUCGGAAAUUUGCAGCAAGAUCGCAAAUCAAAAAGAAAUUCAGGCUGGCUAUCUCGGCAAGCUUAGGAAAGUUAAUGACCCGACCAAACGAUAUGGUUCAUAUGCUUUCCGUUUGCCAGACAGUGACGGAAACAAUGGAAUCUGGGUAGGAUUUGAAGAUCCUGAUACUGCAGGAAACAAAGCUAGUUAUGCCAAAGCUAAAGGUCUAGGAGGAAUAGGCAUUUUUGAUAUCACCUUGGAUGACUUCAGAGGAACUUGCGGAAACGACCAUUUCCCCAUUUUGAGAGCCGCUAAAUUUAGAUUGUAAAUUUCUUGUUUGUAAAUCUCAGCUGAUGGUAGAAUAAAUUUGAUAAAGAAACCAUUCCAGUUAUAGUUUUACAUUGUAGACUGUAAGUUUUUAAGCUCCCUAUUU